CGAACAUGGACGCGCUUGUUUGUUUGUUUGUCUGCAGGCUGGUGCCACCAGAACGGCGUGUUGCUGCUGGUGUACGACCUGAUGCCCAACGGCAGCCUGGACCGGCACCUCUUCGGCCGCCCCGGCGACGCUCCGGUCCUCACAUGGGAGCAGCGCUACAAGGUGGCGGCCGGCGUCGCGUCGGCGCUCAACUACCUUCACCACGACUACGACCACGUGGUGAUCCACCGGGACAUGAAGCCGUCCAACAUCAUGCUGGACGCCGCCUUCAACGCCCGCCUCGGCGACUUCGGCCUCGCCCGCGCGCUCGACGCCGACAAGACCUCCUACACCGACCGGGCCGGCCUGCCGGGCACGCUGGGCUACAUCGCGCCUGAGUGCUUCCACACCGGCGGGGCCACCCGGGAGUUGGACGUCUUCGGCUUCGGCGCCGUCGUGCUGGAGAUCGUCUGCGGCCGCCGGAACUCCUGCUGCCACCCCGCCGGGUGCAGCCAGCUGCUGGAGGAGGCGUGGGAGCUCCAUGGCGCGGGGAGCGUCCUCGAGGCCGUCGACCCCAGGCUCGCCGGCGCGUUCGACGAGGCCGAGGCGGAGAGACUUCUGCUGCUGGGCCUCGCGUGCAGCCACCCCAACCCUGGGGAGCGGCCCACGGCGCAGGCCAUCCUGCAGAUCCUGACGCACUCCGCUCCGCCUCCGGACGUGCCGCCGUCGAGGCCGGCUGUGCUCGUGAAGGGCGACGAGGAGAUGUGUACCUCCGGCAGCUCGGCCACCUGCAGCACGGUGAUGACCUCGUCGCUGUUGAGAUAAUAUAAUGGUGGAUUGAUGGAUGGUCACAAUAUCAGAACCCGCCCGGCGAGUUAGGUGCAAUUCGAUGGUCAUGUGAGAGACGACUAAGUAAAUUUUUUACCGGUGUCGGGAGCUAGCGGUGAAGCAUCCGCCGUCCACUGCUUAUAUUGGGAUUUGUGCUUGCUUUGCAUGUAUAA